CCGGGCCGGGGCGCGGCGCGGGGCUCGGGCUGCGGCACCUACACGGGCCGGCUCAUCAAGCUGGACGGCCCGGGCGGCUCCGCGGCCUCGUCCCCGUCCUCGCCGGGCCCCGAGCCGGACAAGGGCCAGGUGCCGAGGCCGCGGGACACGGUCAUCAUCCUAGAAGACUACGCUGACCCUUAUGAUGCCAAGCGGACGAAGGGGCAGAGGGAUGCGGAGAGAGUCGGUGAGAAUGACGGCUACAUGGAGCCCUACGAUGCACAGCAGAUGAUCACAGAUAUCAGGCGCCGUGGCUCCAAGGACCCCCUGGUGAAGGCCCCGCAGCUGCUGGAGGGGCCCAGCGAGCCCGGGGAGAACGGGGCCGGCGCGCGGCGGGGCUCCCGGGACCUGCUGGGGAAGGCCCCGCACCUCUACGACCUGCCUUACGAGCCCAGCCCCGAAGGCCGGCUGCCCGAGGGCGACGCGAGGCCCGUGGCCGAGUACGAGCAGCCCUGGGAGUGGAAGGAGCAGCAGCUCGUGCGCGCGCUGUCAGCCCAGCUCGAAGGAGCAGAGCGACUUCCGGCCAGGGAGGAGGCUGGGAGGCAGCACCCCCGGCAGAAGAGCUGGACCCCGAAGACCCUGAGGCCAGCCCCCUCGGACCCUGGCCUGGCCCUGGACAGGCAGCCCUGGUACCAUGGCGCCAUUUCCCGGGCCGAGGCGGAGAGUCGGCUGCAGCCCUGCAGAGAAGCUGGGUACCUGGUUCGGAGUAGCGAGUCAGGGAACAGCAGGUACUCCAUUGCUCUCAAGACGAGUCAAGGCUGUGUCCACAUCAUAGUGGCACAGACCAAAGACAACAGAUACACACUGGAUCAGACCAGCGCAGUGUUCGACAGUGUCCCGGAAGUGGUGCGCUACUACUCCAGCGCGAAGCUGCCCUUCAAAGGGGCGGAGCACAUGAGCCUGCUGUACCCAGUGCACCACAAGCUUCACUGAGGUCGGACAGCCAGACCCUGGGCCCUGGCACCGGAGGGCGUGGAUGUGGCCGGCGUCUCGGGCCCAGGGGCUGCCCCUCUGACCCAGACAGGCUAGCUCGCCCGGACUCAGCAAGCCUGUGGUUUCCAGCCCCCCAAGACCCCCGUUUCUCCCUGUCCACUUUCUCCUUGCCAAGCAACUGCACUGUAAGAAGCCACAGUUCACUGCUGGUUCCUUCUUUGCAGUAGGAGGCGCUUUUGAGCUGUGACCCUCAGAAAAGGCGAGUCUGGAGUGCAGGAGCCUCCAGGUUCUCCAGCUUUAGGCUGGUUGCUCCCUGGAACAAUGAAAACCAUGAGGCUUCACUGUGUGACCACAGAGCACAUGAGCUGCAGACCGUGUCUGACGCUGUGUUCGCACCAGAGUGCAGUCUGGCGAAAGGAUUGCUUAGCUGGUCUGCCUUCCUAAGGAGUUUGCACUGGGCAUAGUGGUACAAGCCCGUAAUCCCAGCACUUGAGAGGCUGAGGCAGGAGAAUUCGAAUUUCAGGCCAGCCGGAGGUAUAGUGAAAUCCUGUCUCAAAAAACAAAAAAAAAGUUUGCAUUUUCUGAGUCUCUAUGGACUUUUUCAUCAUUUUUCUGCAAAUCAAUAAUACAAGAAUAAAUUAAAAGGCGCCCUAUGUAAGAAUGUGGUAGAAUUAAACAUUGACAUUAUUAUAAUUCUUAAUGGUAAAAUGUACAAGAUUUUAUUUCUGAUUUUUAAAAAUUCCAAAAAGUUUGAAUCUUGAUAACCAUUCUGUCAUAGGAUAAUUAUAUAGAACUUCCAGUAGUGUUUAUUUCCUCUCUGUGCCUUUCAGUUGUCAUGGAACCAUCUUUAAGUAUUGUCUCUAAAAUUAGAUUUGCUUUGUGUUUUUAGUAUUAGUAUUUUAGUAUUUAGUAUUUUAGUAUUGAAAACUAUGACUUUGGGGCCCGAUUGUCAGGAUUGGGCUCCUCGCGUCUCCGGCGACUCCUGCGGGCGAGUGGUCCACUGUGAAGAACCGAGCGCACAUGAGCUGCCCGGCCACUGCCCCUGGUUGCUGAUGAGCCGUCCGUGUGCGGCAUCCUCCCUGUGGCCGUGUCCCACCCUUACUGUGCAGAGCUUUGGGGCAGCCUGCGUGACAGGCACUGGCCAGGUGCCUCCGAGUCUCUGGCCUGGGGUUGGUGGCUCAGUCCAGACUCGGAUGUGCUGACUGUCGUCAUGACCAGAUGGCUUCUGUAGCUCCUCUCAAACACAAAUCAAAAAAUGGUGAUUGGAUUAAUUUUUAGGAGAGCACAUCUUUCUAGUUUAUAGGGAUCUGACUAUUAUGACUGAAAGGUUAGUAAAAUGUUUGCUUCUUCUUCCGUGAUCUUGGCCCCAAAGGGUUCAAUACUAAAAAGUUGAGGGGAACUUCUUCUAACUGGAGCUCAAUGAUUUUAUUAAUAAAGAAUGGUUCACUUUUUUAAGUACUGAAAGAAUUUGUAAAGUGUGUACUGGUUCGUGUACUACAUCUUUAAUACGAGGCUUUUUAAAAAAUUGUUUCAGCAUCCAUACUUCCAAUUCCAUUCAACAAAUAUUUAUUAUCCUCUGUAUACAUUGUGCUACACUUAUUUUUAGUUCAGUGUUCUAGUAAUGAAAUCUUAUUUCUUAACCUUAUUUUACAAAGUAAAUACAGUAUUAUUUUAACUUUAAUAAAUGCAGAGGGUUGUAUAAAGUUUUCUUGGUGCAUUAAAUGAUUUUUGGCCCAUACCCAGCAAGCCUGAUGAAUGUAUAAUGAAAUAACAUGUUUACAACAGGCCGGAAGCAUUAUUUAUUGAGCUAGCAUAUGCCUGGAAUUAUGCCGCUUCUGUGUUUUUCUGUGCCCUGCUUUUCUCUUUGUAUGACUAAAAGUGGAUUUUGAAAUGUGGCAGAGAUGCAGAGUUUGUAAGCAGUCCACUCACUUCAUCAUCACACAGGAGAUUAGAAGCAGAAGUAGAGUAAAUUAGUGGGGGCUGGUGGUGUGAAGCUGCUGUUUCCUUCUUAGGCUGUGACAGGAGCUGACGGAGGCACGAGGCGCAGCGGGUGGGACACAGUCCCUCGGGCUCCCUCGCCGAGCCCCGAAUGCCCGGGCUCUUUGCCGUUUCUAUGGCUGCCCUGCUCCCCUGUAGUCUUCAUCCUCCCGAGCCAGUUCUGCCUUACAGAAUUCUCCCUGGAGGGGCAGUGUCUUCGGGUGAACCCUUAUGUGCCCUUCUUUCUCCUUUGUCGCAGCUUUGGCAAACUGCUCUGCUGGGUUGAGUCCCACAGCUGGUUCUCUGGCGGUCUCACCGCAGAGGGUGGGCUUGAGCACUGCGCAAGUGUCCCAGCUGCCAGAGGCUGAGGGGGGAGGGCCGGAGCCCAGGCGCUUGAGGCAAGCCUGGGCCACGCGUGAGAGCCCAUCUCAAAAACAGAAGACUGGGCAAAGGAUGUUUCCUACUUCCUUUGAUGCUUUGGCUUAUUCUGUCAGGAUAGAUUUCAAGCACUAGAGCAGUGUGUAUUUAAAGUAGGAAUUUUGAAGCAGAAACCCUAAAAAGGUGAGUGCUGACCUGCCCGUUGUGAGCCACACAGAAGCGUCCUGUAGGUCCUGUAGGUUGGCACAGAGCACAGGAAAGGCCUUCACUCUGCGCUGCUCCAAGCCUGUGCUUGGCUGCACUGGUGCUCAUUGACCAGGCUCUGCCACAGCGUGGGGGGCUGGGAAAGGCUGGAGGGCCGCAGUCCCGAUCUAGCUCAUUACCUAGAUCAGUUAGCAGUGUUACUACUGUUACUAGCUUUUGCUGUUCGAUACCUUUUUUUUUUUUCAGACAGGGUCUCGCUCUGUAGCCCAGGCUGGCCUCAAACUCACAAUGACCCUCCUGCCUCAGCCUCUCAAGUGUUGUGAUUACAGGCCCGUGUCACCACGACUGGCCACUGGAUACAUCUUAACAUCUAAUUGAACUCAGAAGGAAAGCCUCGAGGCACUCGAGUUGCUUUUUAAAUAAGCCUGGCCUAAUUCAGUAAAAUGCCCUCGGUUAGAGGUUCGAGCCUUGAAGGAGAAGAAACCCAGAGGUGUCUGGAUUUCACCCCUCCUGGGCAUCCUUUGUCCGCAACAGGAUUUCACGGAUACGUUUCUCACGGUUACACCUCUUUCGUUAGCAGCUGGCACUAGUUUGGCCUUAGGAUCUCGUUAGCGUCCCCCUUCUUUGUUCUCACUUCCAGCUUUGCCCUCCACUAACCUGGGCGGAGGUGGGCCGGGCUUUCCCGCCGGCCCUGGUAACGGAGAACGGCGGUGCGCCGCUGCCACCUGCUGGACAGAGAGAAACCGCAGCCGGGACGGCGCCGCGUUUAAGGCCGCAUUUUCGGCAGGACUUGGGCCUGGGCCACAGGGACGCGGGGAGGGGACGCGGGGAGGGGCCGCUCCCUCCCGCGGGUGCUCCCCGCAGAGGGCGCUGAAGCCGCGCAGGACCGCGAGGCCCAGGUACCGCGCGUCCUCCAGGUUUAAGUCUUCAGUUGUGUUCUAAUGGACCCACUGGCAAUAAAUCAUUGAGACGGGCAUCUCAUUUUGUCAGGGUCUUAACUUUGUUCUUUAUCAGGGGGCUUUAACAUUUUGGACACUAGGGGCCAGGGAUUUAGCUCAGUGGUUCAGCUGCCUUGCCUCGCAAGUGCAAGGACGAGAGUUCAGUCCCCGGUACCAAAAAAACAAAAAACAAAACAUUUUAGAUACAUUUUAGUUCAUUUGCAUAUCCAGGACAUGUUUUGAACUUUUAAAGACAUUUGAAGAUUAUAUGUGAUGUGUGUGCCUGUGUAUAUAGUGACCUGUAAUUUAUAUUGUAUUGGAAAUAUUUCAUAAAAUUUCUGGAUGUAUUGCGUAGCCGGUGUAAAUAGUGCUCUCCUAGACAUGCUCUACUCUGAAAUGGAACUUUCAAUAAACAUUAUGCCAAGAAAGCUA